CGAAAUGAUUCAGAAAGAGAGAAACGAAAAGAUGAAACGCGAGAAAAGGAAACGGGAAAUGAAGACGAGCGUUCACAUCAGUCGUCGUCGGCAAAUAAUACGGACAAGAAAUCGGAACGUGAGUUGAAGAAACGAGAGCCGACAGCACGAGAUUUGGCGUUGAUGAAAUUAUUGAAAGAGGAAGAACAGCGUCAAGGAGAGCUGGACGAGGACUUGGAUCCGGUUUGGUCGUUGAAGAAAGCACAAAUUGAAAAACCGAGUCGUCAGUGUCCCUAUUUGGAUACCAUUGAUAGAGGUGCGUUGGAUUUCGAUUUUGAGAAGCUCUGCUCAGUGUCAUUGUCGCAUGUGAACGUAUACGCGUGUAUGGUUUGCGGAAAAUAUUUCCAGGUGAGCUUCAUUUGUUAA